AUGGCAACGAGUUUUGCACCUUUGAAUUCUAGAAAUUCAGCAGGAGUGUUGGCGGUUAAUGGAGGAAGAAAAUUGUUAGAGAAUCAUCACAUUCACAUUAACAAACCCUGUUUUUUCAAAUUUCAAGAAAAUAAGUGUAGAUUUUCGAGCGGUAACCGGUUUCAAAUGAAGUCGAUACCGAAUUCGCACAGUAUCAAUCACUAUCAUCAUAGCAAAGACCCUUUCUUAGAUCUUCAUCCUGAAGUUUCGAUGCUUAGAGGUGAAGGAAGCAACCCUACUAGACAGAGAAAGGAUACGUCGGGUGGAGAUGUGGAUGAAAGCUUGGAAGAUAUUUCUAUUCCGAGUAAUUACAACGAAGCGAAGAUUAAAGUUAUUGGUGUUGGUGGUGGUGGAUCGAAUGCGGUGAAUCGUAUGAUUGAGAGUUCCAUGAAUGGUGUGGAGUUUUGGAUUGUUAAUACCGAUGUUCAGGCUAUGAGAAUGUCGCCUGUCAAUUCUGAGAACCGAUUGCCAAUUGGUCAAGAGCUUACACGGGGUCUUGGUGCUGGUGGUAACCCGGAGAUUGGUAUGAAUGCUGCCAAAGAAAGCAAAGAAUCAAUACAAGAGGCUGUUUAUGGAGCUGACAUGGUCUUUGUUACUGCUGGAAUGGGUGGAGGAACUGGCACUGGUGCAGCUCCAGUUAUCGCUGGUAUCACAAAGUCAAUGGGUAUACUAACUGUUGGUAUUGUCACAACCCCUUUCUCAUUUGAAGGACGGAGAAGGGCAGUUCAAGCACAAGAAGGAAUUGCAGCCUUAAGAGAUAAUGUUGACACCCUGAUAGUUAUUCCAAAUGACAAGUUGCUGACUGCAGUUUCUCAGUCUACCCCUGUAACUGAAGCAUUCAAUUUGGCUGAUGAUAUUCUUCGACAAGGUGUUCGUGGCAUUUCUGAUAUUAUUACGAUACCUGGAUUGGUGAAUGUUGACUUUGCCGAUGUUAGAGCUAUCAUGGCCAAUGCAGGAUCUUCACUUAUGGGGAUAGGAACUGCAACUGGGAAAACACGGGCAAGAGAUGCUGCAUUAAAUGCUAUCCAAUCGCCCUUACUAGAUAUUGGUAUCGAGAGGGCCACUGGAAUUGUGUGGAACAUAACUGGUGGAAGUGAUCUGACAUUGUUUGAGGUAAAUGCAGCAGCAGAAGUUAUAUAUGAUCUUGUGGACCCUACGGCUAAUUUAAUAUUUGGAGCAGUAAUAGAUCCAUCACUCAGUGGUCAAGUGAGCAUAACAUUGAUUGCCACGGGAUUCAAGCGUCAAGAGGAAAGUGAAGGGAGACCUGUACAGGCCAGUCAACUCACACAGGGAGAUACCAUGGUCAGUCGCCGAGCUUCCACUUUCACUGAUGGUGGUUUGGUUGAGAUCCCAGAAUUCUUAAAGAAGAAAGGGCGCUUACGCUAUCCAAGAGCUUAA